AUCUGACAGACAGAUAGUGAUGUGGCUUGCGGACUGGGUUAUGUCAGUUUAUCUUUAAUUUCACCAACAUAAAAAUAUGGCAAAAUGAGUAAACUCUGCUGGCAUAUUUUAGCGUUUUCGUUAUUCUUAUAUAUAUGUUCUGCUCAAAUUUCUGACAAAAGAUUAUGUGUAGAUCCGGAAUGUAAUAGUCCUGUGUCUAAGGCGAAGACUUUGCGAAGAUAUUUCAGUCCAGAUAAGUACAGACUUUCUUUUGGACCUAAUGAAGAUGUCCUUAUCUUCAGUAAAUCAGCAGGUUCUGAUGAGAACCUUUGGGGAGCUGAAAUAAAAGGAAAAAGGGGAUACAUUCCUAAAAACCUUGUUAGAGAGAUUAAGUUGAUAUCAAAACCACUAUUACUUGUAGAUACAGAGAUAAAUAAUUCUCUAAAUAACCCACAAGUGCCUUUCAAGGAAGAAAUUUUGAACCCUAGUAAAGUGAAGCAAAACUUUGAAGUUAUUGAUGGGACCACUUUAUAUAUGGCUGCAGAAACUGCAGAUAUUGACAAACAAAAGCAUACAGAGGAAGAAACUAUACCCUCUAUGGGUGAUUCAAAGGUUAGAAAUGUUGAGAGUACAGUAGAUGUAAUUGGUUUAGCUGAAAAUAUAAGUAGAAGUGAAAAUUCUAAUGGAGUAGAAUCUAAGGCUGAACACAUAGAGACAAACAUUUUAGAAAAUAAUUCACAAAUAGAAAAUUUAAGCACUGAAACCAGUGAUAAUCCUACAGUUAAUGAGAAUAAUGGUGAAAAAAAUUCCCUAGAAGUUAAUUCUGGCAGCACAUUGGAAGAAGUAGAAGGAAAUAAUGGUUACUCUAAGAUCAGUGAGACUUUUACUACACAAGACAUAAAAAAUAGUGAAACUUAUGAGAUAACUGAUCAUGCCAGAGAUGAGAAAAUAGACUUAAAGACUUCAAUUUUCAAAGAAUUAAAUUCACCACAGGAUAAAAAAGCAUCUAAUGAAGAGUUCAAUCUUGAGGUAAAUAACAUCGAAGAAAAUUUGGUGAAAGAGAUUCAAACUCAGUCUGAUCAAAUUGAAACUAAUGAAACACUCAAUAUAUCCAACUUAGAAGAAAGUAAACUUGAAAUUACAGAAAAAUUACUUAUUGCUGAUGUAUCAAACAUUGAUCCUUCAGAUAAUUCCCAAGUAGAAAGAACUCGGACAGAAUCUGAAUUAGGAAUAAAUGAUCAUUCUAUUACUUCAUUUGAGAAUAACAAGAACUCACUUGACUUAGUUCAAGGUACUAUUUCUGAAAAUUCAACAACUGAGUCAAAUGAUGAUGUGAAUCCUACAACUUCAGACCCAGUGAAUAAUGAAAUUGUUCCUCAAGAUACUCAAUUUUUAUCUGAAUCAAUUACUCAAAAUAAAAUAGACAGUGAAGUUCAAACUCAUACUUAUUCUGAAAAUUCAAAUAGUAAAAUUAAUUCUAAUACUACAGAUAGUCUUGUGGAAGUUAAUGAAUCUAUUUUGGCAGAAAAAGAGCAUAUGAAUUUAGCCUCAGGUGAAAAUAAUGAAAGCGACAAUAUUGAGAAUAGCCUAACCAAGGUUGAACAAAAUUCUGACACAUUUACUGAUAACAUUGAACUGAAUGAAAAAUUAUCGGGUGCUGAGCACAAUCUCCAUAAUGAGCUCGAGGAACAAACUGAAAUAAAUCAGUCAAAUGAAAAUUAUCACCAUUUUAAUAAUACUUUUGAAGAAAAUAAUGAUAUUCAGGAAGUCAAUACUGAUAAUAAUUCCUAUUUUGUUCCAAAUGGUAAUCAGCAGAAUCAAAACAUGCCUAAUGCUGAUAUUUAUGGUACUCAAAGUUCAUUAGAUCAUAUUCAAAAGAUUCAAGAUUCUAACAUACCGUUAGACCAUACUGAAAACAACAAAUUUAUUGAAGAGAAAUCUCCUGAGGAGGCACCCAAUGUAUUUUCUUAUUUUGGUCAUCAUCAAGAUCAUCAUCAUUCAGAUGACAAACUAUUGCCAAUUCCAGAAAAAUCUAAGGAUGAUGAUAGUAAUAUGGAUGUUGAAUCCUUAAGUGAUACAAAUCUACUUAAUAAAGAUGACUUUUGUACCAGAGAGAGUUGCCCGAAUCAAUCCGCCCCUCUGUCUGAAGACUCAUUCUUAUCAAUGGAUAUGCUCAGUUUCAGUUCAGAGAUCUUCCUAUACCUGGUAACUACAGCGGUUUCUGUGAUAAUAUUUCUAUUGGGGCAUUUUGCACUUGACAAGAGCAGACGUGAAGGUCCCCUUAUUGUUAAAAUUAAUAAAUUGGAGAAAGAAUUUUUAAUUUUACUCAAGGAGAAGGAAAUUCUUGCUGAGCAAGUUGAAAAUAAUACACAACAGGACAAAAUUGUUGAAUGUGAGGAUUUCUUGAACUUGCAAAAGGAAAAUGAAACAUUGAAGGAAAAGAUACAAUGUCUGGAAGAACAAGUUCAAACUUUGGAAAAGGAACUUGAGAAUUCUACAGAGGUGGGAUUAGAGUUGAAUAGAAUGUUAUCAGAAGUACUGAAUAGUGAAAACGCCGGUCAGACGCUAAUGUUGAAUAUAGAAGGAUUGCAAGCGCAGUUAGCAGAACAACAAGAUAUUGUAAGCAAUAUGAAGGAAAUAUUGAGUCACAAAGAAACUGAAAAUCAUGAACUCAAUUUGGAAUUAGAUGUGGUAAAUAAAAAAGUAAUUGAUCUUCAAAAUGAAGUGGAUAAGCUUUUAUUGAACAUAAUUAAGUUAGAAGAAGAUAAAGAAAUACUGGAAAAGAAUUCAGAAUCAGAAAUGACUGAACUCAAGGAGAUUAUUAACUCCCUCAGAAAGGAAUUAGAUAAUAAUCAAAAAGAAUACAUGAAAAGAAUUGUUGAUUUGAAUAAUGAAUUAACUACCUCAGAACACAAUCUGCAACUCAAAACUAAAGAGUUUGAUGGGCUGAAGAAUAGUAUGCAACAGAUAAAGAGUAUGAAAAAUGCUAAUACACUAGAAUCUCUUCUUGAGGUCAAUUCUAUAAAGGCUGAGUUGGAGCAAUUGAAAGCUGAAUGCCAGAGUCAUUGUGACAAAUUACGAAGAGAAAAAGAAGCUAAUGCCAUUUUGGAAAAAAAAGUUAAAUCAGCAGAAGAGCAAAUUGAUGUCAUCAAAACAAAGUUUGAUGAGACUGACAAAACCAAGUUAGAAUUAGAAACUAAGUUACUGGUUCUGACCAAUUAUUUCAAAGAAAAAGAAGAACAACUUCAAAAGGAGCUUUCCAAAUAUGAAAAUAUGUGGUCAACGAAGCAAGGUGAAGCCACAUCAACAUCUGAACGUAUUAAAUAUUUGCAGAGCGAAGUUCAAAAUUACAAGGCUCAAAAUGAAACGUUAAAACAAGAGAUUGUUUCCCAAGAGGUCGAGUUGAAAGGCCAAAUUUCUGUUCUGGAAAAGAAGGUACAUGAGAAUUGGGUUAGUGCAAGACAAGCAGAGAGAAGAUUAGAAGAGCUCAAACAAGAAGCAGCCCAAUUGAGAAAUAGACUGACACUUAGAGAAAGGGCUUUGCAAGAAGAUAGAUUGCAUAAUAGAAUGCAGUCUCCUCUUGAACAAACUGGAGACAUACCAGUUUCGCCUCUUCAUUUAGAAUCUCCAGCAUCACCACCGCUCUUGUUUAAUUCACGGGAUCAUAUAACAAAAUCUCCUCCCAUUUUAGGUAUGCCCCCACCAUUCUUACCUCCUCCGCCUACUGGAGCCUCUUUUCUUCCACCUCCUCCCUUACCUUUUAUGCCACCACCUCCUCACGAUAUGUUUCCUGGAGAUCACAGGCCCCCGCCGUUAGGAAGAAUGUCAUCCCCUCCUUUGAAUGCGAGAUAUUCCCCAAGUAGGCCAUAUUCUCCUUAUGACAGGAGUCCAUCUCCUUCUUAUGACGAGUCAGAAUAUGGUACUUCACCUGUUCAUCGCAGGAAUUAUUCUCAGUUCAAUAGGAGAAGAGAUCACAGACUUGCCGCUAUGGAAAAAUUCAAUGGCAGAAGUGGUACUCUGAGCUCUGGGUCAGAUAAUUCGAACGAAUCAUUAGAAGAAAUAAAUCAUCAUAAUUCUCAAGUGUAACACUUUAUAUUUCAGAGGAUGUAGAUACUUUACAAAACUUAUAUAUUGGCUUAAGUAAACGGAAAUAAUUACACAUCGAACUUUAUUACCAUAUUAAUAUACAAUUUUUAUUACUUGUGAUCUUUUAUUUUUGUAUGUAUACUUCAUUAUUUGUAAUGAAUUAAUUCAGUUUUGUCAUUUAUCUGCAUUUCUCAAAUUGGACAUGAUUGCCAAGAUUUCUACUUUGUAAUACGUCAUUUCUGUUCUAAAGGUGUGUUAUUUAUUUUUGUUACAAUUAAGUGAUUCAAAUUGUGUGAAAAUUUGUAUAAAGUGUAUAAAUGGAUAUUGAAUAGUAUCUAGUUAUUAUAUUUAUAAAUAUCUA